GCUCCAAGAUGACUGGAACAGAGCGGAAAGUUUUCCAGAAAUACUACCCUCCCGACUUUGACCCAUCAAAAAUACCAAAAGCUUCUGGUGGACGAAACAGACAAUUUAUCCAACGUGUAAUGACUCCAUUCAAUAUGCGAUGCAAUACUUGUAGUGAAUAUAUUUAUAAAGGAAAGAAGUUUAAUAUGAGAAGAGAAACGGCUGAGGGAGAAAGCUAUCUUGGCUUGAGGAUUUUUAGAUUUUAUUUUCGGUAUUUUUCUUUUUUAAUUUGGGGAUUAUUAGCUCUACAAAAGACUCAGGAGAUUCUCUCGUAUGUUGUUUGUCCAAAUUGUCUGGCCGAAAUCACCUUCAAAACAGAUAUUCAAAAUGUGGACUAUCAAGCUGAAAAUGGAGCAACACGUUUAUUCGAUGUAUACAAAUUUUGGCAAGAACAGGAACAAAAGGUGGAGGAAAAGGAGAAGGAAGAAAAAGAGGAUGCAAUGAAAAUGCUUGAAAAACGAACAAAAAUGAGCAAAUUGGAAAUGGAAGCAUUAGGUCACAUUGAGGAAUUACAAGAAAUCAAUAGACGUCAAGAAAGUAUUGAUACAAUUGGUUAUUUAAAUCAACUUGAACAGAAAAAUGCUCUUACUUUUGCUGAAAGGUUGAAGCGACAAGAAGAAGAGGACGAAAGAGAAGUUGAAAGGCUUGUAGAAAAAACUGGGGGAAAAUAUACAAAGAGAAUAAAAGAGGAAGAUGAAGAAGAUUUAUUAAAUGGCCCAAGUACAAGUUCUUCAAUAUUAUUAAAAAAUGAAGUUGAAAAAUUUGUUGGGACAAAAUUGAAUAAUUUGAAGGAAGAAAAUAAUUUAAAAUCGAAUAUUAAACCUUCAAUGGAUUUGGCGUCAAAAAGAACCUCAAAUCAAGCAAAUUUAUUAAAUUCGAUUGUAAAAAAGAAGAAAAAUAAAUAA